UGGGCGCGGGGAACGCGCCGGGCCGCCCCCUCCCCGCGCGGGGCGCGCGUGCGCGGUUCCGCGGCGGCGGAGGGAGCCGCGAUGGAGGGCGCUUUGACUGUCCGCCAGGUAAUAAACGAAGGGGAGUCAAGCUUUGCCACUGAGCCACAGGAAGAGUUAGCGGAGACUCCUAGUCCAGUUGUGGAUGAGAAUAAUAUAGUUUCAGCAAAAAAACAGGGGCCAAAUUUACAUAACUGGAGUAGUGACUGGAGCUUUUGGAUUUCAAGUUCUACCUAUAAAGACAGGAAUGAGGAAUACAAAAGACAGUUCACUCAUUUACCUGAUACAGAGAAGCUGAUAGCAGAUUAUGCUUGUGCUCUUCAGAGGGACAUUUUGCUUCAGGGACGUCUAUAUCUUUCAGAAAACUGGCUGUGUUUCUAUAGCAACAUCUUCAGAUGGGAAACUACAAUUUGUAUUGCUUUAAAGAAUAUAACCUUCAUGACUAAGGAGAAAACUGCUCGACUCAUCCCAAAUGCUAUCCAGAUUGUUACAGAGGGUGAAAAGUUUUUCUUUACAUCUUUUGGUGCCAGAGAUAGAAGUUACCUCAGUAUCUUUAGGUUGUGGCAGAAUGUACUAUUAGAAAAGAGCUUGACCAGACAGGAAUUCUGGCAGCUGCUCCAGCAGAACUAUGGCAAUGAGCUAGGCUUAAGUGCUGAAGAGAUGGAAAACUUGUCUCUGUCCAUUGAGGAUAAUGUGCAGCCAAGAAGUCCAGGAAGAAGUAGCUUGGAUGACUGUGGAGAGAGAGAUGAAAAAUUUUCCAAGUCCAUCAGUUUUACCCGAGAAUCAGUUAAUCGGGUUUCAGAAGCAGAGUCAAUUGAUGGAAAUCCACCAAAAGGGGGGUUAGGGAAAGAGGCACCCCAAAGUGAAAAACAGAUAAAAAAGAGUCCUUUACUAACUUCAGAAAAGAGGUUAAGUAGAAUGCCAUCAAAAUCACUGGACUUGAAUAAAAAUGAGUAUCUUUCUCUGGACAAAAGCAGCACCUCAGAUUCUGUUGAUGAAGAAAAUAUUCCUGAGAAAGAUCUUCAUGGAAGACUUUAUAUCAACCGUGUUUUUCAUAUCAGUGCUGAGAGAAUGUUUGAAUUGCUCUUCACCAGUUCACGCUUUAUGCAGAGAUUUGCCAAUUCUAGAAAUAUAAUCGAUGUAGUGUCCACCCCUUGGAAAGUAGAACCUGGUGGUGAUCAACUGAGAACCAUGACCUACACUAUAGUCCUUAAUAAUCCACUUACUGGAAAGUGCACUGCUGCCACUGAAAAGCAGACACUCUAUAAAGAAAGUCGGGAAGCAAAAUUUUAUUUGGUAGAUUCAGAAGUACUGACACAUGAUGUUCCCUACCAUGAUUACUUCUAUACCCUGAACAGAUACCAUAUCAUCCGAUCCUCAAAACAGAAAUGCCGGCUGAGAGUUUCUACAGAUUUGAAAUACAGAAAACAACCAUGGGCCAUUAUCAAAUCUCUAAUUGAAAAGAAUUCCUGGAGUUCCUUGGAGGACUAUUUCAAACAGCUUGGUUUAAUCAGACUGUUAAUGGAAGAAUCUAUGUUAAAUCAGUCCAUUGAAGACACAGGAAAACUUAGCGGCUUGCGAAGGAGAAGGCGAACAUUCAACCGAAUAGCAGAAACAGUUCCUAAACUUUCCUCUCAGCGUUCUUCUGGAGAUGGGGGCUUAGAUGCCAAAGGGGAUAUUUCAGGAAAGAAAAAGGAAAUGGAAAGCUAUAACAUUGCCCUUAUUGUGGUGAUGAGUAUUUUUUUGCUGUUGCUAGUUCUGUUGAAUGUGACGCUGUUUCUGAAGCUGUCAAAGAUAGAAUAUGCUGCUCAGUCCUUUUACCGUCUCCACCUCCAAGAAGAGAAAUCUUUACAUUUAGCCUCUGAUAUGGUGUCAAGAGUGGAAAAUAUUCAAAAGAAAAAGGAUCAGGCCCAGAGUCUAAAAGGAGUGCUCCGAGACUCCAUCAUGAUGCUUGAACAGUUAAAGAGCUCACUCAUUACGCUUCAGAGAACUUUUGAUCUACUAAAUAAGAACAAGACUGGCAUGACUGUCGAAAGCUAGUGAUCUCAAGGCCUGAAAAUGUAGAGAUACUUGGAAGUAAAAGAAAAC